AUGCGUAUUUUUACUUGUGCAUUGAGAGGUUUACAUACACAGAGCCGAGUUCCUCCAAGGUCUCUGCUUAUCAAACAAGCUAUACGAUUGGGUAAGAUUAAGCACCCUUCUAAUGACCAAUUAAUUUCAGAUUCGUUAAAAGAUUUGAAAGCUAUGUUUCAACCCAGUGCAUCUACACAAGAUGAUGAAGACUUAGAUAUUAUUAGAAAACAAAAUAACGUCAUAGUGAAUGUUAAUAAUGGCAAAUAUACGAAACUCAUGGUCAGUAAAUUGGGACUAGUUGAAAAAGAUAUGAAAUUUGAGGAUGCAUCAAUACUAAUCAACAAUUUCAAAAAAUUAUCUUGGGAUGAGUUACAAUUUAUAAUUGAUGCCACUGAAUAUCAAUACCCAAAUGACACCAAUUGGAAUAAAUUGCCGGUUUUCAUCAAACAACUUCAAUAUUACAUAGGGUAUGGUUCAUAUGGCCCCAGAGAAAGUAUACCUUUUGCUCAUUCUAAUGGCAUUCCCAUGGAUUUUACUUACAAUCAUAGUUCAAGAAUGAUUCAAGAUAAACACCAGGUCAUUAAAAGGUUGUCCAGUGAGAGGUUGACAAAUAUCAAUUCCAUCUACAAAAAUGAAUCAUUGGAUUAUUUCACAAAAUAUGUGGUUAUUUUUUCGUAA